UUUAAUAAUAUGGCACUCUCGCCGUCGUGUGCAAUAAUAUAUUAUAAACGCGCACGAUAUUCAAUUAUUCUGUGACACCAUAAUAUAAUAUGUACUUACGUUCGCACGGUAAUCGUUAAUAUUUAACACACGCGUUUCAUUAUUUUAAAACCUAUAUGUAACAUUUUGCCCGAUUGUUACGGUUAAGUAAACAUCCUUUGGGUGCAAUCAUAUUUUAUUCAACGUAGGGAGACAGUUUUGACAGCACGACUCGAAAUAAAUCACGGGGGUUAGCGUCGGACACACGGAGACAACAGUAGUCACUCAUCAAUCGCCGAACCUCCCAUAAGAACUUAAUAAUUUUAUAAACCAUCAAUUCUAUGGCGCUGACCAAUACAUUGUUGUUGGCCCUUUGCGCCAAUUGGCCGCCGCCGAACACUACAGAAACCACUUUACCGCCGCCGUGGAAAUGGAUUUCUGAGCACAAUGCAAAAUUCAUCAAUAGUUCCGAAUAUCAGUGUGAUCUUAAAAACAACUUUCAGAUUCAAUACGAAAUACUGAGGGGUAAACGGUUGAAAAUCGCAACAUUUCCAAAUUCAAAACCUUUGAGUUGGGUUACAAGAGAAAUCAACGGUACGCUUAUCGGCCACGGGAUUGCAUUUGAAAUUGUGGAAACGCUUCGUCAACGAUAUGGAUUCACAUACGAUGUGGUGGUACCAACAAGAGAAACUUUGUUAAAUGAAAAUGGCAGCAUCAUCUACAUGCUAGUUAAUGGGGAAGUAGAUAUGGCAGCUGCUUUUAUACCAGUUUUGCCGGGGCUGGACGACAUUGUCAAGUGGGGCAUUGAUUUGACUCAGUUUCAAUACGUUGUGCUUAUGAAAAGACCUAAAGAAAGUGCUACUGGAUCUGGUCUAUUAGCACCUUUUGAAAUUGAGGUGUGGUUAUUAAUUUUGAUGUCACUGAUAGCAGUGGGUCCAAUUAUUUACGGCAUUAUGAUGUUAAGACAUAAACUCUGUGGUCACGAUUCAGGGAUAAUAUAUCCAAUACCCACGUGUGUUUGGUUCGUAUAUGGUGCAUUAAUGAAACAAGGAUCAUCUUUGAAUCCAGAUACUGAUUCUGCAAGACUCAUAUUCGCCACAUGGUGGAUAUUCAUAAUGAUAUUGACUUCAUUCUAUACAGCCAAUUUGACUGCGUUUUUAACACUCUCCAAAUUUACUUUACCCAUAAAAAGAAUAGAUGAUAUUGCGAGUAAUGAGUACCGAUGGAUUUCUUCAGAGGGUAGCGCCGUCGAGUACAUCGUCAAGGUGGAUAACGAUCUGAAGCCACUCAAACAAUCAAUGUUUGAGGGAAAUGGUCAAUUUAUGGUUAUAAAUAUCGACGAAAUUGAUACAAUUUUAAAACAUAUUUCGUCAGGAACGUUGCUUCUACACGAUAAGAAUUGGUUAAAUUUUUUAAUGUUGCGCAUCGAAAGGUCAAUAACGGAUGACAAGGAACGGUGUCGCUAUGUGUUGACUACAGAUCCAUAUUUGACAAGAUCAAUGUCAUUUGUCUAUCCUAAACACAGUAUUUUACCACCACUUUUCAAUCCAAUAAUGCUGUCAUACAUGGAGUCGGGCAUCGUGAGGCAUUUGCAGACCAAAGACUUGCCGGAGGCGGUCAUCUGCCCGCUGAACCUGGGCAGCAAGGAGAGGCAGCUCCGCAACUCGGACCUGUAUACCACGUACGCGGUUGUGGUGUGCGGGUUCUCGAUGGCCGCGGCCGUGUUCACGCUCGAGCUGCUGUCCACGCGCACCGGUUGGUUCGUGGCCGCCGACCUCGCCCGCCGCUCGCACGAUCCACUGCGCGGUGGCGUGGUCCGGCGCGAGAUCGCGAUUUUCGGCCAGCCGUCAAAGGCCAUGUACCCGUUCAGCCACAGGGACAACGUCAUGAACGCCGCGUCCGCCACGCAUUUUCCCUUUCGCGGAUCGUCGUCCUCGACAUCGUUGCCGUCAUCGUCGUCGUCGCCGUUUUUGUUGUUGGACGGCAAAUCGUCGUUGCGGCGAUUUCAGUACUGAUCAACCGCUGCAGGCUGAUAUAUAAUAAUAUUCCUAGCUGUAUAUAACCCGACUUUGCCCGUGAGAAAAUAACAAAAAAAAAAAUACAGUGCUAUUUUAUUGGUGUCGUACCUCGGUUUUAGCUAGCUGUGUUGACAUACCUCAGACACGGGAAAAUUACAACCGGUCUAUCUCGCUUUGUGAACUAAUUCCAUCGAAAUGGGCAAUCCACCAGCGGUGGUACUCAAACAAUUGAUAGUCCAAUCUCAGUUUUAAAACAUUUCAUAAAUUAAUUUACAUAAUAUUAUACUUUGUGUAGGUAUAAUUCAAUAAAAUAUUAUUUUAUAUUAUUUUGCACGGGGCCCCGCAAUUUGUAACGCCGGCCCUGUUCAUAAGUCUUAAGUUUUAUUUACCACCGUUAAAAAAUAUUGAAAUGCAUAUGCACAAUAUAACAUUUGUAAAUAUAAUUGUGUGUAUAAAACAUAAUAAUAUAGGUACUUUAAACAUUUCAAGUACAGGUCACGAAUAAUAUUUUUAAAUUACAACAAAAUAACUGAAAUCGAUCUUCUUCGUUACACUCUACACCUUCUGUAUAGUAGUAUAGUAAAGAAGUUACAUACUUUACGACUUUUUUUAAACUAAUUUAUUUUAGAUGUAUAUUUUUGUUACUUAUUUGAAUAAAUAUAAAUUAUAUAAUAUGGUGAACUUUAAAUUUAAAUAAUAUAAUAUAGAUUUUGAAAAAUUAUAAAGAGAGUGGAUUUUUAACACAACAACCUAAUAAAUACUGUGUGGUUUUGUCCUGUAUUAUAUUUUAUGUGCAAUAUAUUUGAACUCUCUAUAUUAUA